AUGCAUGACGACGAUACAGUGGAAGGAGGCCUUCGCGGAUUGCACUCCAUCGCCAUGUCCACCGAAACAUUGCGCAUAAUUGAAAGAGUUUUACGCGACAGAGAUAUCGAAUUUGAUUAUGAGGCUCUUAAGUUAGCAAUGUCUAAUACAGACAUUAAGAUGGCCAUUCAGGAAUGGGUAGAGGAACACAUUACUCCAGAAACACUUCUCAAUAAGGAGGAAGAAAAUAUGUACAAGUUACUGGUUCAGAGUGGAGAUAUUGAGGCAUUCGAGGAACAUGACCUUUCUUUGAUUCAUAAUCUCCAUGAUCAUGAGCUGCAAGCUGCUAUCAGUGACCUUCAAAAAUCCACCGCAGCUAUUGAAAAAAAGAGUGAAGCUCUGCGAAUGCAACAGAAUGCUCUAUCAGCGUUGAUUAAAAGUGAAAAGCGCACAAAGCAAUCACGGUCUCAAACAGAGAGAGCUCAGAUUCGAAAAUGGGAUGCGGAGAAAAGUUCUAUUGCUGCUGUAAUUUCAGAGCUGACUCAAAAUCUCAUCUGUCAAUCUUCUGACUUGGAACAACAAAGAAAUUCAGCAGAAUCAAACAUCAAACAAGUGGUAGAGGGCAUCUUUCAAAAUGACGAUAAAUUAUUAAUAAGUUUUCAAAAACUAGCCGACAGUCUCGAAACUAAUCAGCCCAAGUAUGAAAACAUAAUGGCAAAUAUUAAAGAGUUGUGCGCCAGGUACAUAAAGUAUACAGUUGAAAGUGUGAGGUUAAGGCUUGAUCGUGUGUAUCUUGAGGCCUUGCACAGUUACUCAGACAGCCAAGGUUCUCAGCUCAAUAGUCAAGAGGAAUCCAAUCUGAUAGAAGAUCUUGAAUCACUGUACACGGAAAUUUUACCGGUUAUUCAGAUGUCCGUUGAGCAAGAGUAUCUCGAACCUGCCUCAAAACUUGGAAAAUCAGUUAACACACGAGGCCAUGCGUUGACCAAUAAAGCUGUAGAAUAUAUCCAAGAGAGCCUCAAAUUCCUGACGACAAGGAUUGAGUCCCUUCUAGAGCGAGCUCGACAGUUCCAAUGCCAUCGAAUGGCUGCUGAGAUUCUACUAAAUACAACGAAAGAAGAGUUGUCGAAUCGAGAGUUAGAGUUAAACCGUAAAGAUCCGAGUCAAUCCGUUGCAGAACCACCCUCCCUAUCCCAUAGCAAGCGUCGCGUCUCAAACUUUGGCGAAGACAUUGGAGCUGAACAACAACUUGCCCGUAACCUGGGUGUCACACUACCGAAUUAUAAUGAUUCGAAUGAAGCUAGCAUAGCUUCAUGGGAAAAAUUGAUAAGUGAAAAAACUGCUAGGCUUGCUAUACACGCCAGUAGCCUGCAGUCUACCACAGAAUCUUGUAUAGCAUCUCACCUUUUGGACUCUCACGUUGCCUUAAACUUGCUUCUUGACUCAUUGCUAGACAAAAGCGCCUACGGAACAAUCAGAAUGGUCGACCCCGAUCUUCAAAAUGCAGAAGAACUUCUUGAGCAAGACAUCAGAAACCUGCAGGAUAAACUGGCGACCUUAGAUCUGCAUGAACUUCAAACGAGAAACGUGCGGCGUGAUCAAAUCGUAGAACGAUGGUCAAGACGGUAA